AUGAGCAUCCCGGACGUCAUCCGCCUGAAACAGGAGCAGCACGUGCACAAUGAGAAGUCCGUGCUGAAGGAAGUCAGCCACCCGUUCCUGGUCAAGCUGUUCUGGACGUGGCAUGACGAGCGCUUCCUGUACAUGCUGAUGGAGUUCGUGCCGGGGGGGGAGCUCUUCAGCUACCUGCGGAACCAGGGCCGAUUCUCCAGCACCACCGGGCUCUUCUACUCGGCGGAGAUCGUCUGUGCCAUCGAGUACCUGCACUCCAAGGAAAUCGUCUACAGGGACUUGAAGCCGGAGAACAUCCUUCUGGAUCGAGACGGUCACAUCAAACUCACUGACUUCGGCUUCGCCAAGAAACUGGUGGACAAGACGUGGACCCUUUGCGGGACGCCCGAGUACCUGGCCCCGGAAGUCAUCCAGAGCAAGGGCCACGGGAGAGCGGUGGACUGGUGGGCGCUCGGCAUCCUGAUAUUUGAGAUGCUCUCCGGGUUCCCUCCGUUUUUUGAUGACAACGCCUUUGGCAUUUAUCAAAAAAUUCUUGCGGGCAAGAUAGAUUUCCCCAGACAUUUGGAUUUCAGUGUCAAGGACCUCAUCAGGAAAUUGCUUGUUGUCGACAGAACAAGGCGACUGGGAAACAUGAAGAACGGCGCGGAGGACGUGAAGCGACAUCGGUGGUUCCGGACCGUGGACUGGGAGGCUGUCCCACAGAGAAAGCUGAAGCCCCCCAUCGUGCCCAAAGUGUGCAGUGAGGGCGAUACCUCCAACUUCGAAGCCUAUCCUGAGAACGACUGGAACACGGCCCCUCCGGUGUCUUCGAAAGACUUGGAAGUCUUCAAGAAUUUCUGAGGACAAGAAUCCCCAUCUGGAAGAAACGGGACGAUUGGACCCUGCCUGGGACAGGUGGCUAAGCCCGUGCAGAGCUGAAGAAAGGUCUUGACGGGACCAGGACAUCCCCACGUUUCUGGACGUCUGGAUGUGGACCAAGACGCUGCAGCCCUGUUGGCCUCCGUGCGUCUGUCAUCGUUUAAGCAACUGGAAAUCCACUGCACAGUAGGACGUUUGGAACAAUUGUUUGCUGGUUGAUUUUAUCUUCUCUUUCAGCUUUUGUGUUCCUACUGUGAUAGCUUGGUUUUUUUUUUCCUCAUAGACUUGACGCUAUACGUUUGAGCUGAACUUGUUGAGAUAUAACCACAAAUUGCGUGUGUGGGUGCGUGCGCGUGGGUGUGUGUGUGUCUGAAAAAGACAGUGUGAUCGGAGCACAGUUUGUCCAGUGUUUCUGCUUUCCAGAGGUUAUGGUUUUUAUGUUUCAGUAUUUUUUUUCAAGAAUCUAUUCUCUUGGGGACAAAAGUCUAAAAAGUAUGCUGUGUGCAGUUCUGAAUCAUCUUAUAUGCAUUUUAUGGUUCUACGUGAAGAAAAUAUUAUAUGCCGGUCUGUUUC